GCUUUCAAUAAAUUGCCACACACAUUAUUCAAGCGUGCGAGAGAAACACAUCAACGUGAUUCGUACAGUGCAUUUUCAUAAUUUUUCUUUAUUUUUUCCGUUUGCAUCGACUAUUGGUUGGAUCCACGAAUUGUGUGGAUUGAAAUUUAGAUCAAAUUUGUGAUUAAUAUUUAGAUAAAAGUUACAAUGGAAGAAGACUGGGAAAAAUUGGCGGAUGAGCCUGUAAAAAAACCUGCGGUAAUUGCCAACAUUAACAAAUGGGAAGGCGAAGAUGAAGAUGAAGUCAAAGAUAGCUGGGAAGAUGAAGACGAAGAAGAGCAAAAGGAAGAAGAAAAGAAAGGUGAAGAUGGUGAAGCUCAAGUGGUUAAGAAAACAAAACCACAAAAGAACCUAAGUAAAAAAAUUGCCGAACGAGAGCGAUUGAAACAAGAAGAAGAGGAGAGAAAGGCACGCGAACGAGAGGAAAACAUGACACCCGAAGAAAAAUUAGCGGAAAAAUUGCGGUUACAAAAAAUUCAAGAAGAAGCUGAUCUGCGUGCGGCAAUGGACACAUUCGGUGUCACCGACAAAAGUGGCAUCGAUGCAAUUCAACCGAAAAAUAAAACAGAACUUAGUGAACUUGCUGAUGCAAUCAGCAAAAAGGUUAGCCAAUACAAACACUUAGUCGACUUUCCCGGUUUUCUCGAAGAGCUCGUACGGAAUGUAUGCGUUAAUUUGGGAUCAAGCGAUUUGCAAAAAAUCAAAAAGACCGUAGACAAUUUGUAUACAGAAAAGCAAAAAUUGGAAAAGGAAAAAAGUAAAAAAGGAAGCAAAGGAAAAACAAAAGUAAAUCUUCGCAUCGAAACGGAUAAUGCUAACAUGAAGGAAUACGGAACAUACGAAUCCUACGAUUACGAUGAUUUCAUGUAAAAUACAAAAGAAGAAAAAACACAACAACAACACAAUUUUUUAAAGUGCUGAAUGUUAUCUAAUUAUUUAAACAUUGAAAAAGGCAAAAAAAAAA